UCGGAAAUUAGUUCGACCCUACUACCUCAAUGAUUGCAAAAUUAGUCUGCUUCAAUAUCAGGAAUUUUACCGGCGUGUGUAUACGACACUUCAACACUGACAACAUGUCAAUCAAGUUUGCAGCAAACCUUACCAUGAUGUUCUCCGAACUGCCAACUAUGACAGAAAGAUAUGCUGCUGCAAAUGCUGCAGGAUUUAAAUAUGUAGAAACUGCAUAUCCGUACUUUGAGCCAGUGGGACCCAUGAAAGAGGCUAAGGAAAAAUCGGGACUGGAGCAAGUUUUAAUCAAUGGAUGGGCAGGUGACUUUAGUAAAGGUGAUUUAGGAUUGGCUGCUCUUUCUAACAGACAGGAGGAAUUUGAAAACAAGCUAGACUUGACUCUUGAGUAUGCCAGGGCCUUGAAUUGUAAAAGAAUUCAUGUUCAGGCUGGGAUGAAACCAGAUAAUUGUGAUGAGGCGGAAAUGGAGAAAACUUACAUCAAGAACAUUACACUGGCAGCAAAGAAAUUUGAACCAGAAGGAAUUACCUGUUUGAUAGAGCCCCUGAACAGUCGGAUUACCGCCCCACGUUACUUCCUUACUGAUAUUAACAAAGCUUUUGAAAUCAUUAAGAAAAUCAACAGACCCAACGUAAAAUUACAGUUUGAUUUUUUUCAUAUACAGAUUAUGGAAGGGAACUUAACAAAAACCUUAGAAAAAUAUUUACCGUAUGUCGGUCAUAUACAGAUUGCUCAAGUUCCUGACCGAGGUGAACCUGACGGACAGGGGGAGAUCAAUUAUCCAUACGUGUUUGACUUACUACGUAAACUAAAGUACGAUGGAUUCGUAGGACUGGAAUACAGACCCAAGGGAGACACAGUUCAGGGAUUGAAGUGGUUAAAAGACUAUGGUGCUGAGAUUGAUCAAGGUAGAGAGAGAAUAAAGUGCCCGAUAAACCCCAAACAUUCUUGCUAUAAAGACAGUUUGAAGAAACACCUAAAGAAGUGCAAGAAACAGGAAGAGGAAGUGCCGACACCACUGAAGGAAUGUUCGACUGUAGAAUUGCAGAAUUUGAUAGAAAAAGUCCACAGACUUUAUGAUGAGCAUGUGAAACACAUUGAUGAAGAAAUCCUCCAUCACCACUGUAUGGACGAGGAGUUGGAGAACGAGUCGUACGGAAUUCUGGCCAUACGUCACAGAAAACAGCAGGCUUCUCUGAUUGGACAAUUACAAAAGCUGGACUUGUUACAUGAAGGUCUCUGUUUUGUGGAGUUAGGAGCCGGCAAAGGUAAUUUGUCUCACUGGAUACAGCAAGCUUUACCUGACAAAUUGGAUCUUGGCUUUGUGUUGGUGGAUUACGGUCAUGUCAGGUACAAGGCUGACAACAAACACAAAUGGCCAGACACAGGUCCUAAGUUUGAACGCCUUCGCAUAGACAUUGCUGACCUAAACCUCGGGAAAGUGGAGAGUGUAUCAGCCAAUCAGAGACCAGUGGUGGCGGUCGGUAAACAUCUCUGUGGAGGAGCAACAGACUUUGCUCUACGCUGUGUUACAAAAACUCUCGAAGUGCGUAACUCCAAGGAGACCACAAGUCAACCAGAACAGAAAAAAUUCAAAUCAGAGAAAGACUCUCACCCAAGAUCAUGUCUAGCCGGCGUGACGGUAGCCCUCUGUUGUCACCACAGGUGUACAUGGCAGUCGUACGUAGGAAAGGAAUUCAUAAAGAGCUGUGGGCUAUCUCGAGGAGAAUUCACCUUACUGUGUAAACUCAGUGGCUGGACUGCAGCGACUUGGACAGGCUGGAAGACAAAGGAGGAGAUGAACCGAGAAAUCAACCUAGGAAGAUCCAGUACUACCAGGGGGCAUGAAACCAGUGACAUUGUCGGAAAUGUCGACAAGACUCAGUCUUCAGAUCCGAAAGAUAAAAAUACCACUGCAGAGGAGUCUGCCAAUGAUAUAGAAGGUCACAGAGACCAGGAGCAGCCAUUUUCUAAAAAUGAUUUACAAUUGUCCUCAAGUCAAAGAGAAGAGAUAGGCAGAAAAUGUAAGAGACUGAUCGACAUUGGACGUGUUCAUUACCUAAAGAACUGUGGUCUGCAAAGUCAACUUAAAACUUACAUAGACGAAAAGUUGACACCAGAGAAUGUGGUUAUUGUGGCAAAAUGUGAGAGCUGAUAAACAUCUGAUUAAAAUUUAAAAUGUGAGAGCUGAUAAACAUCUGAUUAAAAUUUAAAAUGUGAGAGCUGAUAAACGUCUGAUUAAAAUUUUAUCAUUUUG